GCCGGAACUGCAGCCAGCAUGGCGGCCGAGCGCAAAACCAAACUGUCCAAGAACCUGCUGCGCAUGAAGUGCUCUAUAGGAAGCUGUUGAGCACGGGGAACAGUCUUGUUAGCUGUGUUGGUCUUCGAGGUUAUUCUGAUCUGUGGAGAAUGCAUUGGUUGGUGUGGAAGAAAGGCCAGACAAGGCACAAAAUUGCAGUCAGACCAGCUACGAGUUUCUGCUGAUUGGGGUGAGGGUUGCAGUUGCGGUGGGAAUGGAGAAGAUGAUAGCAGUUGAGCGAAAUUCAUGCAAAGGGGACUGGACUCAGAAACCAAGAAACAACUAGAAGAAGAGGAAAAGAAGAUCAUUAGUGAAGAGCACUGGUUCUUGGAUUUGCCAGAGCUUAAAGAGAAAGAGAGUUUCAUAACAGAAGAGCAGAGUUUCUUGUUGUGUGAAGAUCUUCUCUAUGGAAGAAUGUCAUUCAGAGGCUUUAACCCUGAAGUGGAGAAACUAAUGCUUCAGAUGAAUGCUAAGAGCAAACCAGAAGAUAAAGAUGAAGAUGAAACAGUGGAGCUUGAUGUGUCUGAUGAAGAAAUGGCAAGAAGAUAUGAGACCUUAGUGGGGACAAUUGGAAAAAAGUUUGCCAAGAAGCGGGACCAUGCCAACUACGAAGAAGAUGAAAAUGGAAACAUAAAACCAAUUAAAGCAAAGAAGAUGUUCUUAAAGCCCAAAGAUUAAAAUAGCUGCCUGAACACAGGGCUCGGGGAUGCCUGUGAAAGCAGUGUAUUGGGGCUCAGCCUGAUGGUGUCCCGGUAGUUGUUGACACUGUAAUGUUCAUUUGUAAAGAAGCAUACAGUUUGGAAGCAUGCUGUUUUUGAAACAGAUGUUGAUGGAUGUUAUACAUCCUUUUCCUCAUGGUGUUCAUCAGUAGUGGAAUUUCAGUUCUGAUCUUCAAAUGUGCCUAGGCACAUUUGCCUGAAAUUGUCUCACCUCAGAAUUUAUAUGUAUGUGUAGUUCUGCAGUCACUGAUCUUGAAUUGGCUCCUGUACACUAAUGCCAUUGUUUAAAUUGUCCUUAUGUUUAUAUUUUACUUUAAAUUACUAAUCAUGUCAAGCCAAUUCAUACUUUGAUUUUGGAGUCAAAAAUCAAAUGUCAUCAGAAUUUUUGUAUGUAAAUUCAUCAAGAACAAACCUGCCUCUGGCCUGUAGUGUUUGCAUUCCACCCCACCAGGUUGACCUCUGUUUAUACUGGUAUGGUUUUUUUUAUUAAAGCAUUUAGUUUUCUUUUUCAGUGUUCUGUAAUAAACAUCUGUUUUCACUUAAAUUUUCUAUUUUCUUAUACUUUCAAAUAUUAAUCUAAUUCAGUAAUACAACUUUUAAAAACUAGCCAUUAGUUUGGAAUAUAGUGAUAUGUUAGGUUGAAUCAGAAGAAAUUGCCCUUUAUGGAUCAAAAACAAUUGUCAAUAUCCUAUGGUACAGCCCGAUAGAAUUUAGCAAUGACCAUACUGUCUUCUGGUUUGAGCCCUAAACACUAACUAUGUGAAACUAAGUGUGUGCGUGUCAGCCUAGACGUACUGAAAACUCUGAGAAUUACUGAUGUCAUUUAAUUUUCCUCCAAGCAAAUAAAUGAGGUACAUGUCUCCUCUCUCCCUGAAUCUGUUGCUCUGUGAUUCAGUUCUCUGGCAAGUUAUGAAAAAAAAAAAUGUGAAUUUGAAGAAUCUGGCUCCUUUUUUCAUUGUGAGAGUG